AUGGUGGCGGCUCUGUUCCUUACGUCGCUGCGCGACAACGGCCGCCUCGCCGCCCGCUUCUGCUCGGCGCCGGUGCUUCGGCUGCCCGUGCUCCUGCUAUGGGUUGCCGUCUUCGGAGGCUCACUUCACGCGCCGUGCACGACCUUCUUUUACCUCUCAGUCGGCGCGAGCCAGGAGCAGGUGGGUAACAUAAGCGCAAUCAUCAGCGUGGUGAGCAUGUUGACGGUGCCGCUGUAUGGUCACUUUAUCGAUGCCACUGCCGGCGCGCUCGAGGCAGUCGCGGCCGCCGGGUUCUGCUGUGCGCUGGGCUGCGCCGUGCGGGCCGCCGCGCUGAGCGUGGCGUGGCUCUACGCGGGAUCGCUCGUGCUCGGCUUCGGAGCCGCCUCGUUGCUGCCCUCGGUGCUGUCCCACCUCUCCUCGCACUGCGCGCCCGACGAGAAACGCAAAGUCGUGGCCGCUGUCGCAUUCCAGACGUCGCUGCUCCGGCUGGACGGCCAGUCUAGACGCUGCAAGAUGCUGAAUCAGUACUUUGACCGCUGUAGUCUCUCCCGUCUCUGCCACGAUCCCGAAUGCACGCGAGGGACUGUUGGCAAGAGCCUCUACCCGCCCACCGUCGCGGUCCUCGCCGCCGCCGGUGCCUCUCUCGAGUUGCAGUACCGGGUGAUGAUGGGCGUCUGCCCUUUCUUUUGCGUCGCCGGCUGGGUCGCUCUCUCGCUCCGACGCAAGAGGAGCGCGCUGGCGCCGGUGCCGCCACCGCCGACGCCGACGUCGCUCGCGCCCGCGCCCGAGCUGGCUCCGCCGCUCAAGCAGGAGGUGGGGGCGGCCAAGGGCGGCCAGAGCGGCGGCGCCUCCUGGCCUCCCGUCUUUGUCGCCACCGCCGCCGCCAUCGCCGCCACUGCCGCGGCGAGGCAGAGUGGCGCUGUGCUGUGGCCGCUGUACCUCCGCGAUGGGUUCGAGUGGGGCGCCGCGCAGUUUGCGGGAGCCCUGCUCGCCGAGAACCUCGCCUCGAUUGGCGCCCUCUUCUUCCUGCCGCGUGUCGCGCAGCACUACGGUGCCGCUGCCGUCGCCGUCGGUCGCGCCUUUGCCUACCUCGGCGUGCUCUCCUCCCUCGGCACCGCAGUCGGCUCGCUCGCAACCCACCUCUAUGCCGCGCACGCGACCGCUGCGCUCCUCCCAGCCGCGGUCGCGCUAGCCUCCAGCGCGCUUUUGCUGCUGCCCUUUCAGGGCGCGCUAGCGCCCGCCCCCGGUGUCGCCGCCGACGGGAAGGAGCGUUGCGAGGCCGAGUGGCCGGAGGAGGGCGGCGGCGUGGACGAGAGGGCGGCACUGCUGCGCACAAAGGCCACGGUCAGAGUUUUCACAGAGUAAGUGGGCGUGCCGGUGUAGAGCCGUGCCAGUCAUCACUCCUCACGAUCUAACCCGGUCUAACCGAGAGGGCAGAUUGGAGAGAUCUCGAGGAGUACACACAGAGAUAGACCCUCCAUCCAUAAGAAAACUCUAACCUGA